AUGCCAAAGCCCGGGAUCCCACUGACCCAUCUCCCUCCUGCAGGGUACAACUCGCAAGGAGAACGACUUGUCGCCGGCAUCGUGCCGCUCAGCGCAGACCGCAACCACGUCAUCCUGAUCCAGUCUACCCGGCGGAAGGGCUGGGUCCUGCCCAAAGGAGGAUGGGAGUCGGAUGAAUCAUGUCAGGAGUCUGCGGUGCGGGAGGCAUGGGAGGAGGCUGGCAUUACGGUCAACAUUGACUAUGACUUGGGCAACUUUGAGGAGAAGCGGCCGCCCAAGACGUCCAAGGACCGCUCUCGCUAUUACUUUUACCAGGGCACCGUUCUGGACCAGUUGGACGAGUGGCCGGAAAAGGACAAGAGAGAGCGCGAGUGGUUCACCUACACCAAGGCAAUUGAGGUUCUCGUCAACAGACCUGAGCUCCAAGAAGCCUUGAAUCGCUCUUCGAUGAACAGGACAUGA